UUAACAUUGAAGAUGACGAGGGAGGGUGUAAAACAUGGGCUGGAUUUGGAAUGAAAAAUCGGUAUCCGGUUUGGAAAUUGUUGGUUGAAGAUGAACAGAAACUGUUGCAAGUGGUGUACACAUUUGAAGGGGACGGGGCUGUGGUAUGGAGUGCAGCAGAGUAUGGUGUGCGGGUUAAUUUCAAAGACAUCCAGUCGCUUGUGGAAGGGGGGCCGACUGCCGGAAAUGUUAUUGACGCAUAUGCUGAAAUUUUAAAAAGUUCACUGAACGUAGCGGCUGUUAAUUGUGCUAAUUUCAGCAAAUCUUACUUCCACAGCAGUCUGUGUUCGGAUAUGAUAAGGAAUCGAAGCAUAAUGUCGAAGGACAGUUACCUGAGCGUGCACGUGAUUGCUGCAUCUGGGUGCAGAUACGUCCAUUACCCUAUAUACCAUGCAAAUCAUUGGAUGACCAUGGUGUACGAUUCAGACUCGGGGACAUGGACACACUACAAUUCAAUCAAAACGCGUAGAGGCAGCCGAGAUGAUCAUUUUGCUGAGGCGGUGAAAGUGAAACAGUAGGCCGUCGAUUACACAAAACGGGUAGCAGGAAAAUUGCCAUCCAUUGUGGGUGUCACAUCAGAGAAUAUCGACGGGCCAUUGGAGGCGUUGGGUGAUUGUCCCCAACAACACCCGGAAUCACCGGAUUGCGCUAUUAUGGUAUGCUUCAUCAUGCGAUAGUACGCAAAUAACGUGGAGGUUGAAGGUUCAAUGGAUGGGAUGACAGCUAGUGUGUUCAGAGCAGAAAUGGUUAAGGCAUUCAUCAAUGAUCUGCAUAGAGGGCUCCGAAAUCGACUGCUGCCCUGACUGAUUUGGUGGAAUGCAUAGAUUAGCUUAAUUUUUUGUUUUUGUUCUUUCUACUGAACAUGGAAAUGUUUUGUUCAUGUGGUAGUGAUUUUUUGAUGGUCCAGUAGCUGCGUGUCUGUUACUGGAGAAACAGAAAAAUAUUUUACAACAACAUUGCAAAACAUGGACAAACCCGAGGAUGGGUUUUUUGGCAGGGUUACUAAAUGUUAAUGGUUUUUGUUUGUGUUUUGUUACAUUGUGUUUGUGAAUGAUGUUAGUUCUAGGUUUGACA